UUAGAGCUCAUAAAGCCCAAAAAGGUCCGAUACUAAACAAGUUUACUGAAUUGUGUCAAAUCAAACAGAAAAGCAGAAAGUCUCUUCCUUUUUAACAGUUUCGCCGAUUUCGAAUUCCGAAGCUUUUUAGAAUGGAGAAACGUUCAGAUACAGAGAGUUCAGAGAUUUUAGAAGAUUGGCAUUUAUCUCCUCCCGUGAAUCCGGAAGAAGGAAUCGUAAUGGUUUCUGUUCCCACUUCACCAGAGUCUGACGAUGCGAGAUUGAAUCCACCAAAAGAGAUUGAAACUAGGGUUUCGGACAAGAAAUUAGGUUCCACAUCAACAGUCGCCGGUGAAGCAGCAGCGAGGAGAGUGUUGCCGCCGUGGAUGGAGCCGUCGUACGAAUGGGGUGGUGGGAAAUGGAAAGAAGAUGGAAGAAAGAAGAAGAAAGAGAAAGAGAAAGAAGAGAUUAUACCUUUUAAAGAAAUCAUUGAAGCUCUGCUUCGAAACUCCGGUGACAAGGUUAAGGAAGACAAGGACAAGGUUGAUAAAAGUCAGAGCUGUGUUGAGAUAUUGAAGUCAAUGGGCUUUAAGUUUCCUUCGUAAACUUUGGCGCUUUUUUCUUUAAUUUGGUUUGGUUUUUAGCUGUCUGUGACUAAACCUUGUAGGUUUCUCAUUUUGCUGUGGAUUCUCACCAAUUAGAUAUUUUGCCUUUUUCUGAUUAGAUUAAAAUGUUGGAAAGGAUUCUAUAUAAACGUUUCAA